AUGGGGAUGGAAGACACCUGGUACGAUUAUUAUCGGGGUCCGUCAUCGGCCCCGAGCUUCUCAGAGAAGUUUACACCACAAGCUCCAAAUUUGACGAUCACUACGGCUUCUCCCGCACCGUUGUCACCCGCUCCGUCUGCCGCUUUUGAUCAACAUGCCGGACUUGACUAUGCACCAGCGUUACUAAAUAACGUCUGGAGAGAAGAUGAAAGGAGGGCGGCAAUAAAGGCAAAACAUGGACGAGAACGACAACUCAUUGGAUUGAUUCUUGAAGUUCUUUGUCAAAUUGCCGGAUUCGCCUGUGCUAUUGUAUUUGGUAUCUGGGCUGUCAAGAGCUACAAUGUUAGCGUUGUAGCUCUCAAAGUACAGACUGUUGCGAAUCAGUUAGCUCUCCGGAGCCUCUGUGCUGGCGAUCCGACGCUUACCAAUGGCCCUCAUGCCGAGCUUUGUGCACGGGUACUGCUAGCAAAUCCAGAAAAUCUAUGGGAUGCUGGCUAUAUGAGUGAUCCCAUGAUUGGCACAGGAAUUGCAGUACCUAAACUGAGCCUUGGGGGCAUAGUCGGUAUAGUCAUUGGAAGUGUAGCAGCAAUUCUCGUUUGCAACAUCAUAUGGGCAGUUUGGAGGAGGAGGAGUAUGAUCAUGCAAUUGAACAGCCAUGUGGGAACAGACCUCGCAAAUCUCGAGGCUGGAAACGGAUCCGGACUGACUCCACAUGGUACUAUCCCUCAGCUAUAUAUGAACGCAAAAUCGAAAAGUAGUGCAGGUACGAGUUCCGUUGGAAGUACCAGUACGGUGGCCGUGUCGUCGACACCGUAUUCUGGGAACCCCCUCACACCGAGCACCACCCCGUCGACGAAGAAGCAGUGGACACAGCCGUCGCACGUUUUGCAGAUUUAUUGA